GUUUGUUUAAUUUUUGAUAGAUUAUUGACAUAUGUUUGUUAGAGUAAUUGCACUACCUAAGAAUUUACUUAUUGUGUUAGGUUAUUAAUUGUUCUUUUUUCUUCUUCUUUAUUUGGGAGUUACACCUGAAGAAACUAUGGAAGCUCUGUUAACUUCUUGGCGUUGGGUGCAGGAAGUUUGGAAGUUGAUGACUCUGAAGAAGUACAACUUCUACCGCGAAGUAAAUCCAAUGACUCGUGUCUACUCCGAGUUGGAGAUGGUUGUCUUCGUCUUCAGCAUUACCGUUGGAAAUACCUUCUUCUACUCUAUACCCUUACAUGUCCUCAAGCACGGAGACCUCCUUAUGCUUUUCUGGCUUCUGUACACACCGAUACUGUUCAUAACGGCCGGCUGCUUCGCGGAGAUGGCCGCUCUGAUGCCGGCAGUGGGAGCACACUACCACUACUGCUACAGCACCAUCUGCGAGUUCGUCGCCUUCCUAGUCGGAUGGCACCUCAUCUUUGCCUACACUGCAAUCACGAUGAGUAGAUGCAAAUUUCUAAGCGAGUUUAUUGAUAAUAAUUUACUGGACGGAUGGGUCUCCAGGAACCUCAAGUUUAGAGAAAGGUUUGGCGUAUUGUUUUUUUGUAUUCCUGGUUACGUCGAUAUCUUAAGUCCAAUGCUUGCAAUCUCCAUGGCCUUCCAGGCAGCCUGGGCGGUGAAUUUCUCAAAGGGCAUCGUUAACUUCUUCACUACUACCAAUGUCAUCAUCAUUGCCAUAAUCAUCAUUGCCUUCACAGCCAAGAUGGACUUCACCUAUGCCAGCAUUUCAAAAACAGAAGAAAGUGAAAAACUGUACGACGCAUUGUUUGUAGUCCAAAAGGCCUUGGUGGGCUAUGAAUCUCUCAGUGUAUUAGGGGAAGAAGCAAAGAACCCUACUACGACAAUACCCUUGAGCAUCAUGAGCUCCGUGCGGAUUUUAAUGGGUCUUUAUAUCAUAUACACUGUCGUAGUCUCCAUAUGUGUAAAAAAAACCGAUCCUUCUGUUAUAGACCUGGAGAAUCCACUUGGGAGCAUAGUCAUCUUGGUGGGAAUGCCUUGGUUAUAUUGGAUUGUGACCUUGGGGUCAAUAAGCAGCCUCUGGUGUAGUGCUUAUGGAUCUAUGUUCAUCACGAUAAGAAUCUUGUAUGCCAUGUCUCGUGAUGGGAUGAUUUUCAAACUGUUCUCAAAGCUAGACAGGUACACUAAGAAACCAGCCAUUCCAGCCAUGAUUUUUGGUAUAUUUGUAGGAUUGGUUGCCACAUUCAUUUACGUUGACACCAGUGUCUGGUUUUUCAGCUUGAUAUGGGCUAAGAUUAUGACCACUGUAUGCCUUCUCAUAACUAGGUUUAGAUAUGAAAAUAAACCAUUGGCAUCCAAGAGUAAUGAGGAAAAACCAAAGGAGGAAGAAGAUAGGGAGGAAAAAUAUAAGAAUUGGGUUUUGAUUAAUUAUCCUGAGUACAAUACACAACCAACGAAAACCACUCACAGCAUCAGCAUGUUCUUGAUAUACAAUACAGUGAUUUUAGUCUUGAGCAGUAUCUUCUGCGCAGUGAUUCUUUACCAUACCGAACAAGGAGAUUUGAAAGAAAUUUUCAAAAUAACUGGCUUUCUAAGCAUACUCUUCUGCUUCCUCUUCUCAUACCUUCUCAAACACCAGCCUACUAAUGACAGGACUAAUCUGUCCUUUUUAACGCCUCAGGUACCUACGUUCCCCUUGGUGUCCAUAGCAGCAGACUUCCUCUCCUCCUUGCUGCUGUGCCAACGGAGCUGGUUGUAUGGCGUCAUUUGGACAAUCUUAGGUGUCGCAUUCUACUUCAGCUAUUCGAUUCGAAACUCCCAAGAAGGCAGGAACCUCUUUGCGGACGGUACGAGGUGGAACCCUCUGGAGUCCCACAUGGAGAUUGAUGGGAGGUCCAAUAGAUAAGAGGCACUCGUAGAUUGUCGAAGGAUAAAAAAAUGGCAAUAAAAGCUAUUAACAUAUGU